AUGAUGAGACAAUAUUCAUCUCUGGUUCUUGUCUUGUUGUUUGUUUGCUACAUCUCUUUCUCAGAAGCUCUUACUGGUUUCAGUGUUGAACUGAUCCACCGUGACUCACCAAAAUCACCCUAUUAUCGUCCCAACCAAACUCAGUUCGAACGAGUCAUGGAUGCCGUGAAUCGUUCCAUGAUCCGUGCCAACUAUUUCAGAAAAUCUUCCGUGUCCCUGCAAGAUAUAGCCGAGACGAAUGUAGUAACAAUUAACGGUGAAUAUCUGAUGGGCUACAAAGUUGGAACCCCACCAUUCGAAAUCUUUGGUGAAAUUGAUACGGGUAGUAGCCUCAUUUGGAUGCAGUGUCAACCAUGUGAGAGCUGUUACAAAGAAACCAGACCUGUAUUUGAUCCUUCCACUUCCGCCACAUAUGACCACCUCUCUUGUUAUUCUCUGGAAUGUAAACUAGAGCCAUUUACCUUCUGCAAACCAGAAAUAGGGGAUAAAUGUCUAUAUAAUACUGUGUAUGAGGAUGGGUCACGAUCAAGUGGAGAGCUUAUUAUGGAGACCCUCAUUAUAGGCUACACUGAUCCUCCUUUCAGAUUUCCAGGCAUUGUGUUCGGAUGCGGAAACAAAAAUAGUGGGUUCUUUCAUGCACAAGCCUCUGGUGUAGUUGGCCUUGGAACUGGACCUAGCUCCCUCAUAAAUCAAUUACCAGACAAAAUAGAUAAAAAGUUUUCGUAUUGUUUUCCACCCAUGUUCUCUCGAUCCAGUUAUUCUAGCAAAAUCAAUUUUGGAGAUGUUGCUGUGGUUUCUGGGGGAGGGACUGUCUCAACCCCUAUAAUCCCAAAAGGCCAGGAAACUUUUUACUACCUACACUUGGAAGCAAUCAGUGUGGGAAAUAAGAGAAUAGAGUAUGUUUCUAGAGAGUUUGCAAACAUCAUAAUUGACUCAGGGACAACAAUAACCUUUUUGCCGAAGGAAUUUUACUCACGGGUGGUAUCAGCAGUGGCAGCUGCAAUUCCAAAUAAGCCUAUGAAAAUUCCACAGAAACCUUACACCCUAUGCUAUGCAAGUCAGUUUGGUAAACUAACAGUACCAGUAAUCACAGCUCAUUUUAAAGAUGCAGAUGUGAAGUUGUAUGCUAUCAGCACCUUUUCUACUAUGGCUCCUGGGAUAUCAUGUUUUUCUUUUCUUCCAGGUGAAACUCCCAUCUUUGGAAACUUGGCACAACAAAACCUCAUGGUUGGCUACGACGUCCACCAGAGAAAAGUCAACUUUAAGCCCACAGAUUGUACCAAACAGUGA